GAAAACAAUAGGGGUUGGGCCGCCAAACUAGGAAAGGAGAGAGUAUGGAUACUCAAGAAAUCUAGUGAAAAUACCCAAAAGCCCAAGUUACCGGAGUCACCAAAAUCACAAACUUUACCGGCAAUUUGAUCUGAGCUCCCCGGUCCUGCCGAACUGAUUAAACACAGAUCUAUACCCAGUUUUAGCGAUCAAGUAAUUCUUUAACCACAGCAGCUCCAAAACUGCUUCCUGGAAGAAUGGGGGUGAGUAUAGUAGGAGAAAAAGUUAUUCUGGUGCCAUACAUGAAGGAUCAUGUGCCAAGGUACCAUGUUUGGAUGCAAGACCCUGCCAUCCUCCAAGCCACCGCGUCUGAGCCACUUACACUCGAUCAAGAAUACGAGAUGCAGCUUUCCUGGGUUCAAGACCCCCUUAAACAGACUUUUAUAGUGCUGGACAAAGAAUUAGUGGCUGGAGAGUUCAUCCAUGGGGAACCCCAUACUGAUGCUAUGGUUGGUGAUGUGAAUAUAUUUAUGAACGACACUGAUGAUUCUCUGAUAGCAGAGGUAGAAAUUAUGAUCGCGGAACUAAAAAGUCGCGGCAAAGGACUAGCAAAAGAGUCAAUCUUGCUGAUGAUAGCCUUUGCAGUCAAGAAUUUUGGCAUCCACAUCUUUCGUGCAAAAAUAGGUUUAUCAAAUGAAGCUUCACUGAGACUAUUCAAAAAGCUGGGCUUCAUGGAAACUUCUUGCAGUGAGAUCUUCAAAGAGGUUACGCUGGAAUUACCAAUAACGGAAUUGAAGAGGGAGGAACUGCAUCAGUUAUUAGCCAAUGCUGCAACUCACUUUUGACCCUUCAAUAUAUGUCAUUCUUGUGGCAAGAUACAAUGUUUUUUAUAUCUAUUUAUCAUGGUUUAUAUUCUUA